AUGAGCUUCAGCGUGCCGUCGAGGCGGCUCCUCCGGGGCGCCCCGGCCCUCGCAGCCUCACAGACGACGACGACGACGACGACGACGACGACGAUGACGACCUCCCUCCUCCCCGCCCUCCAAUCCCUCACCCUCUCCCCCAACACCAACACCCCCACCUCCGCCCGCGGCAUCCACACAACCCCCGCCAAGCAAUGGUUCUGGAACCGCGAAAAGAAAGACGAAACCCCCAUCGAACGCCAGCUCGGCGGCACGCAAGCCGCGCGACAAAACCUGAUGGCCCAACUCCAGAAACCGCUCGACGGCCCGGCCAUCUUCGAAGACGAAGUCGGCCCCGCCGCCAACCAAGCCAGCGACCAAGCCAGCCACCCGCGCCUGGGGAACACGGGCGCCUCGCUCGCGCGAGAACACCUCGCGCGCAGCGCGGACCCGGACCCGCGGGCGCGCAUCCGCUGGGAGCGCAAGAUGGUGAUCCGGCAGGUGCACCACCAGACGGACCCGUUCAGCCGAGAGCCGCGGGCGGCGCGGAUCGCGCGCACGGAGCGGCAGCUGACGAGCAAGAGCCCCAACAUGGCGACGAGCACCAAGAAGCUGGUGCACCUGGCGCGGCAGAUCCGCGGCAAGACGGUGGCCGACGCCCUGGUGCAGAUGCGCUUCAGCAAGAAGAAGUACGCCCAGGAGGUGCGGCUGCAUCUGGAGGAGUCGCGCGACCUGGCCGUGGUGGAGCGCGGGAUGGGGUUGGGCAAGAAGAAGAAGGGAGACAGCGAUAACGCCGCCGGCAGCACUAGCAACAGCAGCAGCAGCGAGGUCGUCGAGAUUCAGGACAAGGAUGGCAAGUGGAUCAAGGUUGAUGACCCGACGCGCAUGUACGUGGCCGAGGCGUGGGUGAACCGUGGUUCGUUGCGGGGCAAGUUGCCUGAAUACCGGGCUCGUGGAAGGAUGAACAUCUUGAAGCUGCGUUCGGCUAGCAUUUCGGUCGUCCUCAAGGAGGAAAAGACUCGGAUUCGCGAGGCCGCCGAACGCGAGGCCAAGAAGCUCCGCCAAGGUCCCUGGGUGCAUCUCCCCAACCGCCCGGUUAGUGCUCAGCGGCAGUGGUAUUCGUGGUAG